AUGGGGGGUCAGUCAUGCUUGGGGGGUGAGUCAUGCACGGGGGGUGAGUCAUGCAUGGGGGGUGAGUCAUGCACGGGGGGUGAGUCAUGCAUGGGGGGUGAGUCAUGCAUGGGGGGUCAGUCAUGCAUGGGGGGUGAGUCAUGCACGGGGGGUGAGUCAUGCAUGGGGGGUCAGUCAUGCUUGGGGGGUCAGUCAUGCAUGGGGGGUGAGUCAUGCACGGGGGGUGAGUCAUGCAAGGGGGGUGAGUCAUGCAUGGGGGGUCAGUCAUGCUUGGGGGGUGAGUCAUGCACGGGGGGUGAGUCAUGCACGGGGGGUGAGUCAUGCACGGGGGGUGAGUCAUGCAUGGGGGGUGAGUCAUGCACGGGGGGUGAGUCAUGCAUGGGGGGUCAGUCAUGCAUGGGGGGUGAGUCAUGCAUGGGGGGUGAGUCAUGCACGGGGGGUGAGUCAUGCAUGGGGGGUCAGUCAUGCAUGGGGGGUGAGUCAUGCACGGGGGGUGAGUCAUGCAUGGGGGGUGAGUCAUGCACGGGGGGUGAGUCAUGCAUGGGGGGUCAGUCAUGCAUGGGGGGUGAGUCAUGCAUGGGGGGUGAGUCAUGCACGGGGGGUGAGUCAUGCAUGGGGGGUCAGUCAUGCAUGGGGGGUGAGUCAUGCACGGGGGGUGAGUCAUGCAAGGGGGGUGAGUCAUGCACGGGGGGUGAGUCAUGCAUGGGGGGUGAGUCAUGCACGGGGGGUGAGUCAUGCACGGGGGGUCAUGCAUGGGGGGGUGAGUCAUGCAUGGGGGGUGAGUCAUGCACGGGGGGUGAGUCAUGCAUGGGGGGUCAGUCAUGCAUGGGGGGUGAGUCAUGCAUGGGGGGUGAGUCAUGCACGGGGGGUGAGUCAUGCAUGGGGGGUCAGUCAUGCAUGGGGGGUGAGUCAUGCACGGGGGGUGAGUCAUGCAAGGGGGGUGAGUCAUGCAUGGGGGGUGAGUCAUGCACGGGGGGUGAGUCAUGCAAGGGGGGUCAUGCAUGGGGGGGUCAGUCAUGCAUGGGGGGUGAGUCAUGCAUGGGGGGUGAGUCAUGCACGGGGGGUGAGUCAUGCAUGGGGGGUGAGUCAUGCAUGGGGGGUCAGUCAUGCAUGGGGGGUGAGUCAUGCAAGGGGGGUGAGUCAUGCAUGGGGGGUGAGUCAUGCACGGGGGGUGAGUCAUGCACGGGGGGUGAGUCAUGCACGGGGGGUGAGUCAUGCAUGGGGGGUGAGUCAUGCAUGGGGGGUCAGUCAUGCACGGGGGGUGAGUCAUGCAUGGGGGGUGAGUCAUGCAUGGGGGGUGAGUCAUGCAUGGGGGGUCAGUCAUGCAUGGGGGGUCAGUCAUGCAUGGGGGGUGAGUCAUGCAUGGGGGGUGAGUCAUGCACGGGGGGUGAGUCAUGCAUGGGGUCAUGCAUGGGGGGUGAGUCAUGCACAGGGGGUGAGUCAUGCAUGGGGGGUGAGUCAUGCAUGGGGGGUCAGUCAUGCAUGGGGGGUGAGUCAUGCAAGGGGGGUGAGUCAUGCAUGGGGGGUGAGUCAUGCACGGGGGGUGAGUCAUGCACGGGGGGUGAGUCAUGCACGGGGGGUGAGUCAUGCAUGGGGGGUGAGUCAUGCAUGGGGGGUCAGUCAUGCACGGGGGGUGAGUCAUGCAUGGGGGGUGAGUCAUGCACGGGGGGUGAGUCAUGCAAGGGGGGUGAGUCAUGCACGGGGGGUGAGUCAUGCAUGGGGGGUGAGUCAUGCAUCGGGGGUGAGUCAUGCACGGGGGGUGAGUCAUGCACGGGGGGUGAGUCAUGCACGGGGGGUGAGUCAUGCAUGGGGGGUCAGUCAUGCAUGGGGGUGAGUCAUGCAUGGGGGUCAUGCAUGGGGGGUCAGUCAUGCAUGGGGGGUGAGUCAUGCAAGGGGGGUGAGUCAUGCAUGGGGGGUGAGUCAUGCACGGGGGGUGAGUCAUGCACGGGGGGUGAGUCAUGCAUGGGGGGUGAGUCAUGCAUGGGGGGUCAGUCAUGCAUGGGGGGUCAGUCAUGCAUGGGGGGUGAGUCAUGCACGGGGGGUGAGUCAUGCAUGGGGGGUCAGUCAUGCAUGGGGGGUGAGUCAUGCAUGGGGGGUGAGUCAUGCACGGGGGGUGAGUCAUGCAUGGGGGGUCAGUCAUGCAUGGGGGGUGAGUCAUGCACGGGGGUCAUGCACGGGGGGGUGAGUCAUGCAUGGGGUGAGUCAUGCAUGGGGGGUCAGUCAUGCAUGGGGGGUCAGUCAUGCUUGGGGGGUGAGUCAUGCACGGGGGGUGAGUCAUGCAUGGGGGGUGAGUCAUGCACGGGGGGUGAGUCAUGCAUGGGGGGUGAGUCAUGCAUGGGGGGUCAGUCAUGCAUGGGGGGUGAGUCAUGCACGGGGGGUGAGUCAUGCAUGGGGGGUCAGUCAUGCUUGGGGGGUCAGUCAUGCAUGGGGGGUGAGUCAUGCACGGGGGGUGAGUCAUGCAAGGGGGGUGAGUCAUGCAUGGGGGGUCAGUCAUGCUUGGGGGGUGAGUCAUGCACGGGGGGUGAGUCAUGCACGGGGGGUGAGUCAUGCACGGGGGGUGAGUCAUGCAUGGGGGGUGAGUCAUGCACGGGGGGUGAGUCAUGCAUGGGGGGUCAGUCAUGCAUGGGGGGUGAGUCAUGCAUGGGGGGUGAGUCAUGCACGGGGGGUGAGUCAUGCAUGGGGGGUCAGUCAUGCAUGGGGGGUGAGUCAUGCACGGGGGGUGAGUCAUGCAUGGGGGGUGAGUCAUGCACGGGGGGUGAGUCAUGCAUGGGGGGUCAGUCAUGCAUGGGGGGUCAUGCACGGGGGGGUGAGUCAUGCAUGGGGGGUGAGUCAUGCAUGGGGGGUCAGUCAUGCAUGGGGGGUCAGUCAUGCUUGGGGGGUGAGUCAUGCACGGGGGGUGAGUCAUGCAUGGGGGGUGAGUCAUGCACGGGGGGUGAGUCAUGCAUGGGGGGUGAGUCAUGCAUGGGGGGUCAGUCAUGCAUGGGGGGUGAGUCAUGCACGGGGGGUGAGUCAUGCAUGGGGGGUCAGUCAUGCUUGGGGGGUCAGUCAUGCAUGGGGGGUGAGUCAUGCACGGGGGGUGAGUCAUGCAAGGGGGGUGAGUCAUGCAUGGGGGGUGAGUCAUGCACGGGGGGUGAGUCAUGCACGGGGGGUGAGUCAUGCAUGGGGGGUGAGUCAUGCACGGGGGGUGAGUCAUGCAUGGGGGGUGAGUCAUGCAUGGGGGGUGAGUCAUGCACGGGGGGUGAGUCAUGCAAGGGGGGUGAGUCAUGCAUGGGGGGUCAGUCAUGCAUGGGGGGUGAGUCAUGCAUGGGGGGUGAGUCAUGCACGGGGGGUGAGUCAUGCAUGGGGGGUCAGUCAUGCAUGGGGGGUGAGUCAUGCAUGGGGGGUGAGUCAUGCACGGGGGGUGAGUCAUGCAUGGGGGGUCAGUCAUGCAUGGGGGGUGAGUCAUGCACGGGGGGUGAGUCAUGCAAGGGGGGUGAGUCAUGCAUGGGGGGUGAGUCAUGCACGGGGGGUGAGUCAUGCAAGGGGGGUGAGUCAUGCAUGGGGGGUGAGUCAUGCACGGGGGGUCAUGCAUGGGGGUCAUGCAUGGGGGGUGAGUCAUGCAAGGGGGGUGAGUCAUGCAUGGGGGGUGAGUCAUGCACGGGGGGUGAGUCAUGCACGGGGGGUGAGUCAUGCACGGGGGGUGAGUCAUGCAUGGGGGGUGAGUCAUGCAUGGGGGGUCAGUCAUGCACGGGGGGUGAGUCAUGCAUGGGGGGUGAGUCAUGCAUGGGGGGUGAGUCAUGCAUGGGGGGUCAGUCAUGCAUGGGGGGUCAGUCAUGCAUGGGGGGUGAGUCAUGCAUGGGGGGUGAGUCAUGCACGGGGGGUGAGUCAUGCAUGGGGGGGAGUCCUGCACGGGGGUCAUGCAUGGGGGGUGAGUCAUGCACAGGGGGUGAGUCAUGCAUGGGGGGUGAGUCAUGCAUGGGGGGUCAGUCAUGCAUGGGGGGUGAGUCAUGCAAGGGGGGUGAGUCAUGCAUGGGGGGUGAGUCAUGCACGGGGGGUGAGUCAUGCACGGGGGGUGAGUCAUGCACGGGGGGUGAGUCAUGCAUGGGGGGUGAGUCAUGCAUGGGGGGUCAGUCAUGCACGGGGGGUGAGUCAUGCAUGGGGGGUGAGUCAUGCACGGGGGGUGAGUCAUGCAAGGGGGGUGAGUCAUGCACGGGGGGUGAGUCAUGCAUGGGGGGUGAGUCAUGCAUCGGGGGUGAGUCAUGCACGGGGGGUGAGUCAUGCACGGGGGGUGAGUCAUGCACGGGGGGUGAGUCAUGCAUGGGGGGUCAGUCAUGCAUGGGGGGUGAGUCAUGCAUGGGGGGUGAGUCAUGCAUGGGGGGUCAGUCAUGCAUGGGGGGUCAGUCAUGCAUGGGGGGUGAGUCAUGCAUGGGGGUCAUGCAUGGGGGUCAGUCAUGCAUGGGGGGUCAGUCAUGCAUGGGGGGUGAGUCAUGCAUGGGGGGUGAGUCAUGCACGGGGGGUCAGUCAUGCAUGGGGGGUCAGUCAUGCAUGGGGGGUGAGUCAUGCAUGGGGGGUGAGUCAUGCACGGGGGGUGAGUCAUGCACGGGGGGUGAGUCAUGCACGGGGGGUGAGUCAUGCAUGGGGGGUGAGUCAUGCAUGGGGGGUGAGUCAUGCAUGGGGGGUGAGUCAUGCACGGGGGGUCAGUCAUGCAUGGGGGGUCAGUCAUGCAUGGGGGGUGAGUCAUGCAUGGGGGGUGAGUCAUGCACGGGGGGUCAGUCAUGCAUGGGGGGUCAGUCAUGCAUGGGGGGUGAGUCAUGCAUGGGGGGUGAGUCAUGCAUGGGGGGUGAGUCAUGCACGGGGGGUGAGUCAUGCACGGGGGGUGAGUCAUGCAUGGGGGGUGAGUCAUGCAUGGGGGGUCAGUCAUGCAUGGGGGGUCAGUCAUGCAUGGGGGGUCACACACUGACGCGGCCGGUGGGGUUUGCGGAGUGCAUAAGGGCGAUAAAGGAGCAUGCAUUCGCCGUGUCGGACUACCCUGUCAUCAUCACCCUUGAGGACCACCUCCCGCCCCCCCUGCAGGCCAUCGCUGCUCAGGCGAUGUGUGAGGUGCUGGGCGACAUGCUGUACAUCCCCGAGGACGAGUCCCCCCAGGGCGACUUCCCCUCGCCCUACGCGCUGCGCCGCCGCAUCCUCGUCUCCACACAGCCGCCCAAGGGACCCAAGGAGCUCUCCACUGUCGUCGCCCCUGCCCCUGCCGGAUCCUUCCGGGAAGCUGCAAGCGUUGAACCAUGCUCUCCCCGUUGUGUGUCCCCACGUAAUCGUGAUGUGGCACGUGUCGACUCGCCGACUGACAUGGCACGUGCUUCCUCAUCUGCUGAUGUGGCACGUGCUCCUCCAUCGGAUGAUGUGGCAAGUGGUCGUGUUGCUAAUGGUGUGGUUCGCACUGGACCCGCUGCUGACGUGGCAUGCAACUCCCAUGGUGCUGAGCUGGCACGGGGCCAGGCGGACUGGCUAUCAUUCAGAGACCUGGCGGAGGGGUCAUCAUCUGCAACGCUGGCUUCAGGUGCUGCUGCUGCUGAUGUGGCACAUCCUCUACCACCCUCACAUGCGCCUGCCAGCAUCAGCCAGCAAUCAGGCAUAGAGGAGCUGGCGGAUGACCCAGGAGGAAGGGGAGGAGGUGCAAGGGUAGCGGGGGAGGGCAGUGGCGCAGAGGCAGGGACAGCAGAAGGGGGGAGUGGCCGGGCGCGGGGGGGGCGGGAGUCCUUUUCCUUCCCCGUGGCGGCAGAGGGGGGCGAGGGUGGGGGGGGCGACCCCAGUGUGGCGCUGGGGGCGGCGCUGAGCAUGGGCAGCAGGCACCGCAGCAGCAGAGGCAGUCCGGUGGGCGGGUCAGGAGGGUUUUCUCGGCGCAUCAGAGGGAGUCCGUCUCGAGGCAGUGCCAGUGGGCUGGGGUGGGGCAGCAUGGGGCACAGCAUGGGGCACAGCAUGGGGCACAGCAUGGGGCACAGCAUGGGGCACAGCAUGGGGCAGAGCAUGGGGCAGAGCAGUGGGCAGUGGUCGGGGCGGUCGUUGCAGCUGCACCAGGUGGACGAGACGCACCUCCACCAGGUGGAGGUGCAGUGGACGCAGGAGGACGCGGCGGAGGAGGCAGCGGAGGACGCGCUGACGGGCAAGGUGCCGCAGUACCGGCGCCUCAUCUCCAUCCCGGGCGGCAAGCUCAAGGGAGGCAGCGUGGAGGAGGGGCUCACCGCGGGGCACGGCGAGGGCGUGCGCCGCAUCUCGCUGUCCGAGACCCAGCUCGCCACCGCUGCGCGCUCCUCGCCCCACCUCCUGCUCAGGUUCACGCAGCGCCAUCUGCUGCGCAUCUACCCGUUCGGCCUGCGAGUCACGUCAUCCAAUUACAACCCCAUGCAGGCAUGGCUGCACGGGGCGCAGAUGGUGGCGAUGAACAUGCAGGGGUACGGCCGCCCGCUGUGGCUCGUGCACGGCUUCUUCUGCGCCAACGGCGCCUGUGGCUAUGUCAGGAAGCCCGCCUGCCUCAUGGGGGCCGUGGAGGGGCAGGCGGAGGGGCAGGAGAGGGAGAGGGGGGGCGGGGGGCAGGAUAGUGUGCCAUACAACCCCCAGGCAGUGCGCCCCGUGGAGCUCUUUCUUAGGGUGCAUGUGAUCCUGGGCACGGGGUGGUACACGCGCUUCGCCCACAACAACUUUGAUGCUGGCGGGCCCAGCCUGCUGUGCCGGGUGGCGGUGGAGGGGGCGCCGGCCGACGUGGGGGAGAGGCGGUUGGACAUCAGGGUGGGCGAGUGGAACCCCUGCUGGGACGACACAGUGCUGCUCUUCCCCCUCACCCUCCCCCAACUCGCCCUGCUCUGCUUUGAGGUUAAAGUGCUGGGCCUUUCGUCAUCUUGCUACCCAUUUUUUGACUAUCUGUUUGAGAAGAAUCUGUACCAGGACGACUUUGGAGGGCAGGUGGUGCUGCCAGUGAUGGGUCUGAGGCCUGGCUUUCGCUGUGUGCCGCUGUACGACCGCAAGGGCAGGCCCAUGGUGGGGGAGCAAGGUGACGAGGCCGAGGGGCCACGGCUGCUGUGCCAGUUCGAGCUGCUGAAACCAGGGGAGGAGAAGGAACCGCAGAAUAGGGUUCCCAAGUCGUCCACUUGGACGGGAGGAGCCGCUAGCAGCAAGAUAGGCAGCAUCGCAGCUCCGCUGGAGAAGCGAGCACCGCCUCGAGGGGGGGCGGUGGCGGUGAAAGCAGCUGCCGCAGAUGGUGCUGAUGCGGAAGGCGCGGGUGGGGGGGCGGGCGAGGCAGCAGCCCCGCGGGUGGGCGCGGUGCUGUUCGACAUGGACGGCGUGCUGUGCGACAGCGAGGACCCCUCGCGCGAAGCUGCAGUAGCGCUCUUCGCGGAGAUGGGCGUGGCCGUGACGGCUCAAGACUUCGUCCCCUUCAUGGGAACAGGUGAAGCCAACUUCCUGGGCGGUGUGGCGCGGGUGUAUGGAGUGGAGGGGUUUGAUACGGACAAGGCCAAGAAGAGAUUCUUCGAGAUCUACAUUGACCGGUUCGCGCGCCCCAAUUCAGGCAUUGGUUUCCCCGGUGCGCUCAAGCUAGUGGAGCAGUGUCGGGUGGCAGGGCUGAGGACGGCUGUGGCGUCCAGUGCGGAUCGAGUGAAGGUGGACGCCAACCUCGCAGCUGCAGGCAUCCCGCAAGACAGGUUUGACGCCAUAGUAUCGGCGGACAAGUUUGAGCGCCUCAAGCCGGCGCCCGACAUCUUCUUCGCCGCCGCCAAGGAGCUGGGCGUGCCCACGGAUCAGUGUGUGGUGAUUGAAGAUGCUCUCGCGGGUGUGCAGGCAGCCACAGCUGCUGGCAUGAGGUCCAUAGCCGUGACCACCACCCUGUCAGCUCCCAGCCUUGCCGCUGGCCGCCCCGCUCUCAUUCGCCGAGACAUCGCUGACAUCAGCGUGGCUGACAUCACCUCUCUGCACUACCCUGAAGAUGAAGAUGAAGACGACGGCUCAUCUGGCGCUGCCGCCACGGCUGCCACGGCUGAUGCAUCACUGACUCCGCCCGAUGAGGCAGGCGCAUCAGGGGAGAGCAAGGGGCUGUGGGCGUCCAUAGACGAGCCUCUUCCCCUGCCGGGCGGCAUGAGGGUGACGCGGCGGGAUGCCAUACGGUACAGCAGCCUGGCCAUGGGGCUCGCCACCACCGCCUUCACUCUCGACAACCUCAAGGCGUUCUCCUACGCGUCCCCCAAGGCGCUGCUCAACAUGCUCACGGGCACGGCUGUGCCGCCAGCCAAUGCGGCGGGGCCACGUGGGCUCGUGAAGUACAUCCAGCAGCUCGACCGCAGUGGUGCGGCUGACGUGGUGCCGGACUUUGAGCCGCGCCUGCAGUGGCUCAACAGCGCCCCCCUCUCCUUCGACCGCGAGCUGCGCGGCAAGGUGGUGCUGCUGGACUUCUGGACCUACUGCUGCAUCAACUGCAUGCACGUCCUGCCGGACCUCGCCGCCCUCGAAAAGAAAUACGAGGGCCAACCAGUGGUGGUGGUGGGCGUGCACUCGGCCAAGUUUGACAACGAGAAGGACCUGCAGGCCAUCCGCAAUGCCAUGCUCCGAUAUGAUGUCGCCCACCCGGUGGUGAACGACGGGGACAUGCUCAUGUGGAGGGCGCUGGGCGUGUCAUCAUGGCCCACACUGGCCCUCGUGGCGCCCACAGGGCGGCUCAUCGCCAUGGUACCGGGGGAGGGCAACCGCCAGCUGUUUGACGACCUCAUAGCCGCCUCCCUCGAGUACUACGGCGCCAAGGGCGCGCUCAGCGAUGCGCCCAUCCCGGUGGCGCUGGAGCGCAGCCGGGACCAGCGCGUGGUGGCGUCGCCACUGCGCUUCCCCGGCAAGCUGGCGUCGGACCUGGCCAACGGGCGCCUCUUCAUAUCCGACUCCAACAAUCACCGCAUCGUGGUGACGGACCUGCAAGGGAACUUCCUGGCGCAGAUAGGAGGGGCGGGCGAUGGGCUCGUGGAUGGGUCGUUCGAGACGGCUCAGUUCAACAGGCCGCAGGGCGUGGCGUAUGAUCCUUCUCGGAACCUUCUGUUUGUGGCGGACACAGAGAAUCAUGCCCUGCGGCAAGUGGACCUGGUGGGCGAGACAGUGACCACGGUGGCGGGGGAUGGGCGCAAGGGGCAGGACUACAAGGGCGGGGCCAGGGGCAGAGAGCAGGCAUUGAACUCGCCGUGGGACGUGGAGCUGACGGGGGACAGGGCGGCAGUGAUGGUGGCCAUGGCGGGGCAGCAUCAGAUCUGGCGGUUCGAUCUCGACACGGGGCGAUGUGUGGUGUUCAGCGGGUCGGGCUACGAGAGGAACCAGAACGGCCGAAUGGGCUCUGACACGGCGUAUGCCCAGCCGUCUGGGCUGUCCCUGGCCCCAGGCGGCAGGGAGAUGUACGUGGCGGACAGUGAGAGCAGUGCGCUGAGGGCACUCAAUCUGCAGACGGGGGGCUCCAGACUCAUCGCUGGGGGCGACGCCAACUUCGCUGAGAACCUCUUCAAGUUUGGUGACCGUGAUGGCUCUGCAUCCAGAGCUCUCCUGCAGCAUCCACUUGGCACGCUCUCAUUGGACGAUGGCACGGUGCUUGUUGCUGACUCAUACAACCACAAGAUCAAGCUGGUGGAUCCGGCUCGUGGCUCCGUGGUCACACUGGCAGGCACCGGCUCAGCUGGUUUCAGAGACGGGGCGGGAUUACAGGCACAGCUCUCAGAGCCAGCAGGCCUGGCACAUGGUCCAGAUGGCACGGUACUCAUAGCCGACACCAACAACAGCCUCAUUCGCUGCCUGCACCUCCCAUCCGCCUCCUCCCCCACCGCGCUGCUCUCCACGCUCGACCUCUCCUCCGUCCCCCCUCCUCCCGCGGCCUCUUCCUCGACUCAGCGGCGGCGCCUGAGGCGGCGGCAGAAGGCGGACGAGCAGGUGGUGGAGGUGGCGCCAGUGGCAGCCGCCAGGGGCACGCUGCAGCUCGCUCUCUCCAUCCCAGCCGACUACCACUUCACUGCUGGUGCCACGAGCAAGUACAGUGUGGAGCUGCCAGAAGCAGGGAGCGCAGUGACAGUCACACCACAGGCCGGUGACCUCACUCUAUCCGGCUCACUCGCCCUUGCCUCACUGGACUUCACAGCGGCUGACAGCAGUGGCAGCUCGGUGGUGCAGGUCCACUGCAAGGUGUACUACUGCCAGCAGGACGACCUGUGUCUGUACAAGGCUGUCAACUUCAAGAUUCCAUUCACUCCGUCUGCAGCAGAGGAAGCACAGGACGUGCAGCUGUUGUUUGACAUCACCCCUGCCCCUGCAGGCAAGGCUCUGCUGCCAACAGCAUGA